CUAAGACUAAUUUAUACCCCAUCCCCUCUAUUCCCCUUUGGCACUCUCACUACAUCUUGUAUAAUAAUUACAAUGAAGUCAAACCUCGUUCUCAGCUUGACAGUCGUCCUCGGACUUGUCAUCGGCUCCAGCAACUCUGCUCCUAUCGCCGGCAAGCGUGCCCGGCUUAACAGACGCAACGAAUACCCAGCCUGCCCUAGCACCCUUCAAGGUCCUUCUGGCAGCGCUUACUUUGCCUUCAGCACCAAUCUCAACAAUCAGGUUGCAAAGGAAGCCUGCGCAUCAUGCUACAACGGUAUCUUGGCCGAUGUCUCUACAACCGAUAUGCAGUUCCUGCGAGGCAAUAUCGAACAGGACUCUUGGAUUAAGUCCUGGAACGGCGAUGAUUACUCGAGCAGCUGCCUAACCAUCAAGCGCGCCGAUGCAGCGUCAUCCGUAGGAGUCGAUGAAGCUUGCGGCGCUGAGCUUUGGCCCCUCUGCAUAGCCACCUCGGAGCAGCCUGAUGGUGCCCAGAAAUUAGAGGCUACAGAGGACGAGAAUGGACCUGCUUCGAUCACUGCCCGGGCCGUCCCUUACCUCGCAAGUGUCACUUCCGAGGUCCCAAACGCCGCUUCUGUCAUAGAUACCACUUCUCCUGAAGCUGCCCCAGUUCCCGAGACUACCCCAGCUCCUGAGUCUGCCCCAGCUUCUGAAGCUGAUCCUGAUCCUGAAGCUGAUUCUGCGCCUGAGGCUGCCCCAACUCCUGAGGCCAGUCCUGAGGUUAAUCCUGAAGCUACCCCUGCACCUGAGGCUGCCCCUGCUCCCGAAGCUGCCCCUGCUCCAGAAGCUGCCCCUGCUCCUGCUCCUGAGGCCAGUCCUGAGGCUAGCCCUGAAGUCGCCCCUGCCCCAGAGGCUGCCCCAGCUCCUGAGGCUAAUCCUGAAGCUGCCCCUGUCCCCGAGUCCGCCCCUGCCCCCGAGUCCACCCCUGCUCCUGAGGCUGAUCCUGCCCCCGAGGCUGCCCCAGCUCCUGAGGCCAGCCCUGAGGUUAACCCUGAAGCUGCCCCUGCUCCCGAGUCUGCCCCAGCUCCUGAGGCUGAUCCUGCUCCUGAGGCCAGUCCUGAAGCCAAUCCUGAAGCUGCCCCUGCCCCUGAAGCUGCCCCUGCCCCUGAGGCUGCCCCAGCUCCCGAACAGGACGAGAUUACACCGACCGUUGUUGAGGAGGUGAGUAAGACCACUUCCGAAACUUCCUCCGCUCCAGAGGUGACUACUCCUCGUCACCCUUCGGGACACGAUCAGGAUAUUGAGGUUGAGGUGGUUGAGGCCCCAGUUGCAGUACCCGCUCCUGAUGUUGCCAAUGAGCCCGUGCUGGCUAUCAUAACUCCCAGUCCCGAGGAUCUCAAUGUUUCGAUGGAGGAUGAGAUAUUGGCAGCGGAGAAGGCAGAGUUCCGUGACGCAUUCGAGGCUGAGGAGGUCGCGUGCUCGAGCACACUGGCGAUGGGUGAACAGGAUCCCUUGGUGAACAAGUACAUGAUUGAGAAGGCUGCCCACUCGGCACAAUGCGAUGCUCACGACCAUUAAAUACCAUCAGAAAGCUUCUGUUUCGAAAGAAGGAGUGCUGGACCACCCUUGUAAAUAAACAAUAGCGAUUGAGCUGCGAUAUACAUCCAUGCCUGUGAACGGCGUGUAGAAAAUUAACCGUUGUAUGUAUCCGUAGAAUGUCUGUGAAGAGAA